AUGGCAGCAAAAACAGUAGAACGGCUCGCCAUGUCUCCUAGCGGUUCAGCGGUUCACUUUCCCUUGAGGCUUUUCAUAUCCACCCUCCCACACUUCCUGGAUCCCCGUCGUGAUGGGGCAGGGGCUGGAAGAAAGGGCCGCUUGGAGGCAACUCGACGGCGAGUGGCCCCUGGUCAAUUCAAGCACCCUCCAAGAGCUCGCAAGAUGAGCAUGGGAUAUGAGAUGGGGGUCACCGUCUGGCUUGGGAGUCUGCUCGGUGCGCAUCACGGACGAGGGAUCGUGCCAGGGAGUGUCGAGGGAAGAUCACAAGCAGAGCAUCUGCUGAUUCUAGGGCCUCCAGACUACCCGGCGCUUAUCAAGUCCGAAUAA